UUCCAACCAUAUUAUUUAUAUAGACGUGAUAGAUAAUAUUUAUUUACAAAACUGUGAAAUACCUCUUACGCUAGAUAAUUAUUUGUUAUUUGAUUUUAGACAUUCGGGAAGUUGACUAUGUUAAACCCGGUUAAAAUUGUUGAACUUUUUUUCUUUUUUGUAACUUUAAUGCAUUCUGGAUUUGGUUUUCCAUCAAAGGAAACUGGCCCGAUUACGGAUUCUAAAUUUUCCGGAAACGGUGAAACCCAAGUAUAUUGGCGAAAUCUAGCAAAAGAUGAACUUCAAAAAUAUUUGAAAUCGCAGAAAAUUGAGAAAGUCGCAAGAAAUGUUAUUUUCUUUCUGGGAGAUGGAAUGAGCAUACCAACUAUUACAGCAGCUAGAAUACGACAAGGUCAACUUAACAACAAAACAGGAGAAGAGAAUGUACUCAGCUGGGAGAAAUUCCCCCACGUUGCAUUAUCCAAGACAUAUAACCAGGAUCAUCAAACACCAGAUUCGGCAGGAACAGCAACACAAUUUCUUUGUGGUAUUAAGACUAACUCUGCUGUUUUAGGAGUAGAUGGGAGCGUUAGGUCAAAAGAUUGUUCUUCUAUGACCGAUAAAUCAAAGGUCACAUCGAUUGCAGACUGGUCAAUUCAGAAAGAAAAAUCUGUUGGUAUUGUUACAACUACUAGAAUUACUCAUGCAACACCAGGGGCCGCCUAUGCCAACACACCGUAUCGAAAUUGGGAGGUUGACUGGCAGUUAGAAAAUGUAACAAACAGAGAAAAUUGUCCUGAUAUUGCAAAACAGUUAAUCAAUGAUUACAAAUCUAGCAUUAAGGUAUUAAUGGGAGGAGGACGAAAAUAUUUCAUACCAAACAACGAAACUGAUCCUGUUAUUGGUCUAAACAGCAAAGAUGGAAGGCGAGACAACAGAAAUCUGAUUGAAGAAUGGAUUAACGAUAAACAACAAAGAAAUGUUAAUUAUGGCUAUGUAUGGAAUGCUACAGAAUUCAAUAAAAUUGAUCCUCGAUCUACUGAAUAUAUUCUAGGCCUAUUUAACUCUGAUCACAUGUCCUUUGAGUUGGACAAAGCUAAUCAGACUGUGCCGGAACCUACGUUAGCAGAAAUGACAGAAAAGGCUAUAAAAACUUUACGUAUGCAUGACGAUAACAAAGGCUACUUUCUUCUUGUAGAAGGAGGUAAAAUAGACUGGGCUCAUCAUUUUGGAGAAGCAGAGUUGGCAUUAUCUGAAACUAUUGCAAUGGCUGAUGCUGUUGCUGUAGCUGAUAAACUCACAAGUGAUCAGGAUACUCUCAUCAUCGUCACAGCUGAUCAUGCGCACACGAUGUCUAUUGUUGGAUAUCCUGACAGAGGCAAUCCGAUACUUGGUUUAGUUAAAAAUGACGGAAAAGUUUCUUUGGCUAAAGAUAAUUUACCAUACACAACGAUUGCAUAUGCAAAUGGACCCGGUGCAAUAGAACGACGUCCAAGGAGGAAUUUAACUGGUGCACAUACAGAUGACAAACAUUUUCAUCAGCAAUCCGGAAUAAAAAUGGGUUACGAAACACACGGUGGAGAUGACGUUGCUAUCUUUGCACGUGGUCCAAUGUCACAUUUGUUUCAGGGUGUUCAUGAGCAGCAUUAUAUUGCGCAUGUCAUGGCAUUUGCUUCCUGUGUUGGCGAAUAUGCUAAUGAGAACGACUGUGCUGCAGCAAUUGUUAAUCAACCAAAACAGAAUCCAGUUAACACAAAUUCAUCUAACAGUGGGGAGCAAAAUUCUCAAUAUAGAUUUUUGUUGUUGUUAUUAGUUUUUAUAACUGUUUUUCCAAAAGUAUACUAGUAUACAGUUA